AUGACACUCCACCCGGCAUAUGACAGUAAGACCUAUGUAAAUGACAUUGCAUCUCCCAAAACGGAACAGCCAAUCCCUUUCGAUGUCAAGAACACUGUUUCGCCAAUCUGCCUUCCUGAAGACCCAAACAAUAAGUACGGCAACACUGAGGUCUCCAUCUGUGGAUGGGGACGAACGAUUGGAAAGGUCAUUGUGACUAUUACAAUUAAGGUUUAUUUUGGUAGACUUUGCAAUGAAACUCAUUCCCUGAAGGACGAACAGGCCGGAUACUCUCUGAGGAUUUUGGCUGAGAAUAUACUUCCAUCAUAUCAUGGAAACAUCCACUGCAGAAUUUACGCUAAUUCCUGUGGCAAAAGAAACACAAAACGAAUUAUCACAGGAACAGAAACACUACCCCACGAGUAUCCCUGGCAAGUGGGACUUAUUUUUAGUAAACUGAAUCCUGACGUAUUUUGUGGAGGAUCCAUCAUUGGCCCUUAUCACAUCCUUACAGCUGCACACUGCAUCGACAAACCAAACAGCACAUACGGGUCAAGUUUUCGCCCACUGGCGGUUGUUGGGUUGCAUGACUACAGGAAGCCAUUAGCUGCAACUAAGUACCUCAACAUUGCUAAGAUGACACUCCACCCGGCAUAUGACAGUAAGACCUAUGUAAAUGACAUUGCAAUUCUCAAAACGGAACAGCCAAUCCCUUUCGAUGUCAAGAACACUGUUUCGCCAAUCUGCCUUCCUGAAGACCCAAACAAUAAGUACGGCAACACUGAGGUCUCCAUCUGUGGAUGGGGACGAACGAUUGGAAGUGAUGGUAGCUCUAACUCACCUAUUCUUCUUCAUACUGUAAUGACAACAAUGCCCAAUGUCAAUUGUGCAAUAAGAUGGUUUCUCCUACGUUUUUCAUUCCUGAUGAGAAAAUUUGUGCUCGUGCCUCUGGAAAAAGCCAAGGCUUGUCCUGUAGACCUGUGGCAAAAGAAACACAAAACGAAUUAUCACGGAACAGAAACACUACACCCCACGAGUAUUCCUGGCAACGUGGGACUUAUUUUUAGUAAACUGAAUCCUGACGUAUUUUGUGGAGGAUCCAUCAUUGGCCCUUAUCACAUCCUUACAGCUGCACACUGCAUCGACAAACCAAACAGCACAUAG